UCGAUUAUUACGCUGUUGUGUUAAACGCAAUCAGCAAUAGGGUACCUCACUAUAAAAGCUAUCGUACCAUUAAGGCCAGCGAUUCACUUCGUCUUACGCACUGGAAUCAAACAUGAAAUCCGUCAUCCUUUUGCUCGCCCUUGUGGCUGGCAGCAUGGCUGGAAAGCUGACGCUGCCGCGUCUGCCACUCGCUGUGCUUAUGCGUGGUGGAUGGCCCAUGAUUGAUGAUGACAGGAUCGUCGGUGGCACCCAGGCCAGCCCCAAUGAGUUCCCAUACCAGAUUUCCCUUCAGCGUUUCGGCUCCCACAUCUGCGGUGCUUCCAUCUACAAUAGCAACUGGAUCAUCACCGCUGCUCACUGUACUGACGGAACCGCUGUUGGAUCCCUGUCCAUCGUUGCUGGUGAACACAGUCUGUCCAGUAAUUCCGGAAAUGAACAAUUCAGGGAUAUCUCGUCCAAAGUUGAACAUGAACUUUACAGCUCCCGCACCCAAGAGAACGACAUCUGCCUCCUGAGAGUGAGUGCCCCACUCAAUUUGAACAGCGUAGUCAAUGUUGUCCGUCUCCCAGCCCAAGGCGCCGAAACUGCUGCAGGAACCAACUGCGUCGUUUCCGGCUGGGGCACUACCUCGUCCGGUGGUAGCACGAUUCCCGACAUUCUUCGUAAAGUCACAGUCCCCAUCGUUAGCGAUGCCACUUGCCGUGACAGCUACGGUGCUUCUGCCAUCACCAACUCCAUGAUUUGCGCCGGAUUCCGUCUAGGUGGAGCUGACUCUUGCCAAGGUGACUCCGGUGGCCCCCUCGUCGAUGAAGGAACCAACCUCUUGAUCGGUGUCGUUUCAUGGGGUAUUGGCUGUGCUGAUCCUGGUUACUAUGGUGUUUACACUCAGGUUUCCUACUUCCACAACUGGAUCGUCGGUAUUGCUGGUUAGCAAUCAACGAACUCUGGAACUCCCAUUUCCAUGAGCUAUUGGUUACCUUUUUUGUAUGCACUUCUUCCUCUUUUAGUGUUUUCAAAACACAAAUAAACUGUCUUAGAGCUUCACAA